AUGCUCCCGUCCAAACCUCACACUCCGCCCUCCCUGCCCACUGUCUGCUGCCCUCCUGCCUCCUUUCCCCAUUUUCUCCCCUCCGCGGUGGCGGCACUGGCAGAGUGGCAGCAGCAGUGGGCGGGCGAUAGCACUGCUGCUGCACGGCUGGGCCACUCUUUUAAGACGCCUCUAAAAAGAAUGACCCCCCUUGUUGCUCCCCUCCCUUGUGCAGCGGCGGUGCUAGCAGAGUGGCAGAAUCAGUUGCCAUUUUUAUAUCUUACUGGGUGGGACAAAGGCGGGGAUUGCGGUGCAGUGUAUGGCGUGUUUUGUGACUCCUACGGCAAUAUGAUUCACAUGGACAUUGAAGACCAGCCUCUGGACGCCCCCUUACCAGACGCCAUCGGCAACCUCACAACCCUCAAAAUUCUCCGUCUCACCAAGACUAACCUCUCAGGCUCCAUCCCACUCUCCUUCUCUCGCCUAACGCAGUUGGAGCAGCUGGAUCUGAGCUACAACAGUAGAAUCACAGGGUCGAUUCCCCAGGCACUGUCAAGCCUCAAGAACCUUGCACUAAUAGAUUUGAGUUACAUUGGACUAACAGGACCUUUUCCAUCAUGGCUACCAGGUCUCAGCAAAAUGUUCAGCAUAACACUGCUGGGCAAUGGGCUCAGCGGGUCGAUCCCGGACUCAGUUGGCAGCAUGAAGAACCUCGAACGCUUCUGGGUAUGGCAGAAUCAAAUCAGUGGCGCCAUCCCUGAGUCCAUUGGAAAACUCAACCGUUUAAGUGAUUUGGAACUAUGCAGCAACAGGUUCACAGGCACCAUUCCCCAAAGCAUAGGCAGCAUGUAUAACAUCACAUCACUCAACUUGGCCAACAACCUCCUGACGGGCUCCAUUCCCACCACCCUCUCGCGCCUCUCCCAUCUUCAAGCCCUGAGCUUCAGAAACAACAAUAUGAGUGGAACCCUGCCCUCAUGGAUCACAGGAUUGACCUCUCUCAAGUACCUCCACUUGAGUUAUAACAACUUCUCCGGUACCCUUCCUGCUGGUCUUGGCAACCUUCUGCAACUCACCUCCCUCAAUGUGACCAACACGUCACUCGUAUGCCCUCCGGACGCCUCCCCCUGCGUGGUCCCUCAACCUUCCGGCACUGCCUUCUGUCAACAGUGCCCCACUUUCUGCUCCACCUGCUCUAGUGCUGCGGGUGGUGCUGCUGCAGCUCCCCCCCCUGCAGCAGCCAAUGCCAACACCACUGCCACAACCGAUCAAUCCGGCCUGUCAGCAGGUGCAAUCAUCGGCAUUGUGGUGGCAGCAGUCCUCCUGCUGCUACUCCUCAUCGCCGCAGCUUGGUGGAUCCUCACAACACGUGUGCGCGCGCGCCGCAACAACACCUCUCUUACAGCUGCAGCCACAUGCGUCCCAGUCAGCAGCUCAACAGCAUUCCAGCAGUUCCCUCUCGAGAUGGUCACCCGCGCCACCAACGACUGGGCCGAGGCCAACCUGCUGGGGUCGGGGGGUUAUGGUGAUGUGUACAAGGGCGUGUCGCCCCUCGAUGGCACCACGCUGUGGGCUGUCAAGCGCGCCAAAGUGAUCACCAACGACUUCCAGCGGGAGGUGACCCAGAUGUCCACGAAGCAUCAUCCCAACUUGGUGCGGCUGCUGGGGUUCGCAGUGGGAGGAGACGUGCUCACACGCGUGGAGAACGUUCUCAUCUACGAGUUCAUCGCCAACGGGGACCUGGAGCGCUGGAUGGGCCCAGAUGCGCCCACGCCUCUCACCCUGCAGCAGCGGCUGGACAUCCUAUUAGGAACGGCGCGCGGGCUGGAGUAUCUGCACAGCUUUGGCAUCAUACACCGCGACAUCAAGCCCGCCAACAUCCUCAUUAACAGCAACAUGCAGCCCAAGGUCGCCGACUUUGGGUUGGUGCGAGGAGGGGAUGGCACGAUGGCGUCGACGAGGGUGCUGGGCACGGUGGGCUAUGUGGACCCCGCUUACACCAGAACGCACAACACCACCACCGCCACGGACGUAUACAGCUUUGGUGUGCUGAUGCUGGUGGUGCUGUCAGGGCGAGGAGCCAUCGUUGUCACAGAGGCCAAGGAGGGCGAUGACCCCGCCCAUCAGCCUGACCCCACGACCAUUGUCCAAUGGGCGAGUGAGCUCCUAUCAGGAGGAAAAGCAUCGAGUCUCGGGGAUUCGCGCAUGGCAGCACCGGAGGACAUCGUCACACGCAUUGCCAAGCUCGCCAUCAGCUGCACCGCCAUGCCCACCGCCUCCCGCCCCUCCAUGUCCCAAGUAGCCCAAGACCUGGAAGCGCUGCAGGCCGAGGUGGGAGGGGGGGCCAAGAGUGCCUCAGGAGCAGCAAGAGUGGAUGAGAAGAUUGCAAGUGGUAAGCCUGAGAGGACCAUCGACGAGGAUCUGGAGCUGCUGAAUCAGCAGCUGUUGCAGGAGGAGGGUGAGGCUACAGCAGGGGAAAGACCACUUCAGAACUGA